CACCCUGGGUAGGGGCGGAUGUGUCCUUGGGUUCUGCGGCCGUGCAAGUUUGCCUAGGUGCAGAAACCUACCCAACUUUAUUUUCCCCUCACGUCCAAGCAAGGGCGACCUGAGGACAGGCCAAUGGACAGAGAAAUAAGAGGCGGCCAGAGCCGUAGAAAGUCUCAUGCAAGAUGCCCGCCCUGAGUUCAGCUUUGGCUGCUGUCUCUAGAAUUACAUACACGAAGCUGUCUUUAUGCAGAAGAGAGACUAGAAGCCAAUGAGAGAGGCUGCCAAGGAGCGGAGGGAGGAUAGUUUCAAGACUGCGCGUAGGACUUGCGAGACUUUUCCAGGACCGACCAGGCUGGACUCAGAGGGAGCAGCAGUUUCAGCUUCUCAUUCUUGGAGGAGAUGGCCUGCUACCAGUCGCUUGGCCAAACCCAUCAUAACAAAAUGGAAGGGCUUCAGAAGGCUGGGGAAGACGCAUGUGCCACAGCUGGAGGAGAAGGGAGCUUAAAUCCAGGGUCAUCUCCAUUGAGGAUCGUCCUGGUGGGCAAAUCAGGCAGCGGGAAAAGUGCCACUGGGAACAGCAUCCUCUGCCAACCUGUGUUCAAGUCCAAGCUGGGGACCCAGCCUGUGACCAGGACGUGUCAGGGGGCAACAGGCACGUGGCAGGGGAGGAGCAUCCUGGUGGUGGACACGCCCUCCAUCCUUGAGGCCAAGGCCCAGGACCAGGAGAUGUACGAGGACAUCGGGGACUGCUACCUGCUCUCGGCGCCGGGGCCCCACGUGCUGCUGCUGGUGACCCAGCUGGGGCGCUUCACAGAUCAGGACGCCCUGGCCGUGAUGAGGGUCAAGGAGGUGUUUGGGGCAGGAGCCCUGAGGCACACGGUCAUCCUUUUCACCCACAGGGAGGACUUAGCGGGUGAGUCCUUGCAUGACUACGUGGCAAACACAGACAACCUCAGGCUGAGGAGCCUGGUCCAGGAGUGCGGGAGCAGGUACUGUGCCUUCAACAACCGGGCCUCCGCCCAGGAGCAGAGGGACCAGCUGGCCGAGCUCAUGGCCAUGCUCGAGGGGCUGGAGAGCGAGCACCAGGGCGCCUUCCUCAGCAACGACCUCUUCUUUGAGGCGCAGAUGCUCCAGCGAGGUGAGGCUGAGGCCCCCGGAGAGGGUCGCAGGCACUACCUGGCCAAGGUGCUGUCGCACAUUGAAAAGCAAAAGCAAGAUCUGCGAGAGGCCCGGAGACACCGUGUGCUCAGAGGGCUUCUCCGUGUCAAAAACUGGAUCGUUUCGCAUGAUGAGCUUUGUUUCUGUCUUGUUUGGUGCAGCUUCCUUUUCCUUCUUAUUCUGCUGAUCAUCUGGUAUCAUCUUUAAUUCUGCAGGUUGCCUGUUUGUCAGUUUCUAAUGAAUCGCCUCGCAGAUUCAUUGCUCAGUUCAGAAAUAAAUAUUCUUGGUCUACAGAGGACAUGUCAUCUCUGCGGGGUCACGGCCCCUCUUCCUUGGACCUCUGCUUUGGUUCAGCCUCCACUGCUGCCUCCGUGAAGCCUUGAGCCUCAGUAGAGGAUGACAGUGGCUCAGGUCCAGGCUUGCCUGGCUGGUAUAUACACAACCCCGCUUUCUUGGCAGGAGCCAGCUCUGGUCUGGUUCGGGCCAAGGGGAGGUGAGCAGAACUGGGGCCAGAAGCUUUCUUCUUUCCCAGGAGGGACCCUGCAUGGAGAGGUCUCUCUUCUUCCUCUGGGCAUGGUUGGAUCUGAGUGUGAUGCUUGCAGGUCCAGCAGCCACGUGGCUCCCAACCUGAGGUUGAAGGCAACACUCAGAGCAGAGUGAUGAGAUCCAUGCGGACCCCUGAACCAACCAGCCCUGAAGCCCACUCGAUCUCUGGACUUCCAGGGAAGUCAGCCAAUAAAUUUCCUUAUUGCCUAA